AUUCGUGAGGUUCAAGAAUAUACCACACAGUGGCACACAUUCCCUAGCACCCACGUUCUAUGUUCUCUCAUCAUGCGGUCUCUGCUAUCUAUAUGAUUGGUCGCCAAAAUCACGUUCUCAGCUGGAUAUUCAGUAUCAGUCCACAUAUAUUCUCCUUUAAAUCACAUGGCAUCACUGGCGCAUGCGUCUAGGAAGCUUAUAACCUCAGUUUAGAUUGCUGAUUCCUGGUUCUUCCACAUGGGGGCCACCGCGCCCAUCACGUCUAUUGCCUUGGCUUCUCAGCUUCGCAUUCCAGGCGAUACAGGGAUCUCUGGAUGGCCAACGCUAUAAAGCCGGUAUCCUCGCCAAGAUGAUCUUCACGACCAUAUCCAUCUACCCUCGUCUCUCUGUGCUAUCACACCAUUCACGAUGUACGCCUCUGUGUUUGCUUCUCUCCUCGCUUUACAAGCAGCUACCGGAUUCGCUACCUCGCUGAGCAAACGUGGAGUGGACUACUACGAUCCCAACGCCAACGGGGGCUCGAUGCUUGAUAACGCGGGAGAUGGUUACGGAGAGCCUCUUAACGUUAUCAUAUCCGGCUUGAGCUCUCCUGCUGUACUUACGGAAGAUGGAGCGAUCAACUUUGCACGCUCCAUAGGCUUCUCAGAAGAAUGCUUUGGUUUCCAUCUUGGAGGUGCUCAGUCCGCUAAUCUUGGUGAUGGAAAUGGUUCGGUUAACCAGACCAUCGAGCUUCGCGAGGACUAUGGCUCUUCUUCCGUGGGCACUUGCCUCGAAAGCUUGGUUGGGGGUAAUCACUUCCGCAUAUACGUUCAGAAUGGUACUGAGGCCGACAGCGGGGCUCUUUUCUUGGCUGUCUCGAAGGAAGAGGAUGUAAGCGACAGCCACACUAUCGUGCCUGACGGUUACGACAUUGGACGCAACGACCUUGUCUCGGCCGCUGUUGGCCAAACUAGCUUUGGUGGCGUCUCUUACACCACCACCGCCCAGAACGUCACUGGCUUGCUCACCCCUGGAUCUACCGGAGUCAACCACGGUAUUGCCGUGGAUGGUAUCGUCACGGUUCUUACUGUGACCAUCAACUAAUAGCACGAAUUAUCAUGUUUUCACGAUCUGGGACGCACAUAUGAUUUGAAUACCAUUUUGUGUUUGGGGAAGCACUCGCACCUGAAUUGAUAUUUCUUGUUUUUGUCAUAUACCUAUUUGUCAAUAAUAUGCGUUCCCCUAUC